AUGGACAAGGAGGACGAAACCAAGGAAGAGCAAGCUGCUGAGGAUUUGAAGGAGGACAAGGCUCAAGAAGAGACUAGAAGUGCACUUGUACAUGUCCCUUUAGAGAAGAAAGAGCCUAAAUUACAACACUUUCUAGACGAGCAAAAGGAGACCGGGGAUGAGCAAAUUGCUCAAUUCUUGGCAAUCCUCAAGAAGUUACAAGUCAAUAUUUCUUUUGCUGAGAAAUUCUUAACCAGCAUUUUUCCAUCCAUCAUAUUGACCAAGGAGUGCAGUGCUCUAGUACAAAAGAAGCUACCUCCAAAAUACCGGAUCUCCGGAAGCUUCCUAAUUCCCUGUACUAUAGGGACCAUUGCAUUUGAGAAGGCACUAUGCGACCUAGGAUCAAGCAUAAAUUUGAUACAUCUCUCUGUGAUGAAGAAACUGGGGAUCCAAGAGGUGCAUCCCACAAGAAUCUCACUGGAGAUAGCAGACAAGUCCCUGAAGCGAGCAUAUGGAAUGGUGGAGAAUGUCCUUGUGAAGGUUGAGAACCUUUACCUUUCUGCAAACUUCGUGAUACUUGACACUAGAGAGGACAAGAACGACUCCAUCAUCCUAGGAAGGCCAUUCCUAGCUACUGGGAAGGCCUUGAUAGAUGUUGAGAAAUGA